GUGCAAUGCAUGUCAGGCAUGCGUUGCUGAGAACCAGGCACAACAGAAUCUGAACACCAAAUACUACAGUCAUUAUGAUGGUUUUUCUGCAAGAGAGGGUACAAGAUCAUUUCCCUCCCCAGAGUCUGCGUGAGAUAGAUAUUGUCCUCGUUGUGAACAAAACUAUAUUCGCCUGUAAACCCUCCAAUUCUUGAGCUGAUUACCUACAUUUCAAAAGCAUUUGCUGAGCUGAAUGCUGAUCCACAGAAAAUGAAAGUGCCCUCAACUACUCAGCUAUGUACAUGGUUUGCGUUGCUGUUGGCCGCCUCGUUUCGUGGUGCGGCCGCAAAGAGCGUCCUUGCAGGUACCCAUUCCAGCACUGCAAAUGAAACAGACGAUGCUGGGUCGUGUAUGGCACGAGUUCUUCGCCUUCUACCAUCCACCGCUCUCCGUCUCAGCAUCCAGGACACAGAGACUCUGCUAAUUAGUCUACGUCAGCUCCACUCCGGCAAUCUUCACACGGAUUCACUUUCUGCUCUGUUAGGUGGACGACAGAAUUCUAAUUUUCUACAACAGUGUCUUCGUGGUCAGCUUGAGCAAUGUCGCAAAAGCCACCCAUAUAGCGAUGCUGGAAAGUGCGCUUUCACACAUUUUCCACAAGGGAGUGGAGCGUACAUUUGCCACUGCGACGAUGGACAUACUGGAACGUUUUGUCAGAUAGUACUGCCAUCCUGUUCUGGUAAUCCAUGUCAGAACGGUGCAACAUGUCAACAGGGAGGAUCAUCAUUUCAUUGUCACUGUCCACCACUGUAUACUGGAAAACGUGAGGAAAAGUGGUUGGACGUAGCUAAGUUUAAACAGCAAUCCAACACAUUGCAUGAAGUCAGUGAAGAUGUUCAACAACUGAGACAUGAACUGCAAACUGGAAGACAAGACGAUACCAAUCGUAUGUAUACGUUUCUUCAACACCUGGAGAAGCGAGUCCUUAAAAACGUCAACUCCACUAUGGCUCAUCUGUCAUCCGAAGUUGCCUCACUUAGUGAGCGCCUAGACCAGCUGCAAGAGAAUCAAGAAGUAUCCUUUCCCUGUCGGAGGACAAGCCAGGGGCGGUCAGGUCUAUUCAAUAGCGGAACACCCACGGCAAUAUUCACUGCAUACUGUGAUCGAGAGACUGAUGGAGGUGGCUGGACUGUGUGUCAGAAGACAAGAUGGCUCAGUGGACUUUUACCGUGACUGGAAUGCACACAAACUAGGAUUCGGAUCAGCGGCUGGAGAGUUCUGGCUGGGUCUAGAUACACUACACUAUAUGAGAUCACAAGCGGGUAGUACAUAUGAGCUGCGUAUUGAUAUGGUGUUCAAGACAACUGGAGAGAAGCAUUAUGCCAAGUGGUCAGCAUUCCGUGUUGAAGGUGAAGCUAACAAUUACAGACUACACGUUUCAGGAUUCUCAAGCCCUACCUUGGUGGACAGAAUGAGACGCCACAAUGAACAACAGUUCAGCACUCGGGAUCGUGAUCAUGACAGAUUGACAGGGGACUGUUCCAAUUCCUACAAAGGUGGAUGGUGGUACAACCGGUGUUAUGACGCAAACCUCAAUGGAGAGUAUGGACUUCACGAUGGAUUACCACGUGGUAUAGUGUACAAAUAUCCCGGAAACAAUUACUUGAUUUUGAGGUUCGUGGAAAUGAAGCUACGAAAGCAGCUCUAAAGCUCAAAUCUACUCUCCUGGUGUAUUCUAGAGCGACAUUAACCAUUUCAAGUUUUCAUUGGCUUACCAAUAUCACAUUCCGGCUCCCUUAGAGUUUUAGUUCUUUCUGUCACUUGCUCCGUGAAGAGAUUUUGGAGAGUAGCAUUGUGAUAGUAGGGUCUGUUGGCUUCGUGUCCAAGAAGUCACAUGUAUAUUCAUUCGCUUAUGUAGCCAGGGUCUAUGCAUUCAGAAAGAGGUGCACGAUGUUGCACAUGCACGUUUCACUUAUUUUUAAACUACUUACAUGUACAUGUACAUCUUCACGUUCACUUUAUAAACUGUCAUAACCCACGGAAUGUGCGAUAUUUUUUUAGUUCGCCUCCUUUUCCAUCUCAGUAAUUUCAUUCAUUGUUGACUUCAGCGCCUUUCCUACGUAAUUGUUUUAAAAUGUAUUUGUACUCGA